UUAAGACAUUAUGUGGUCGUCUAAGAGUAGAAACAAGACCAGCGUUAGACCCAAAUGGAAGGACAUUAAACUAUAUGAGGUAAGCAUAUUUUAAGCACCAAUCACGGACAAUUUCCUCUUCGUCGUUGCUGAUUUGAUGCUAAAUAUAGGUUGUUUGGACGACGAUCUCAUCCAUCUUUGGCCCAAGCUCAAAUAAAGUGCUGUCAUCCACUGAUUCCUUACAACCAUAUCUACAAAUAACAGUGUAGGAAAAUCUGACUGCUUGUGUGGAUCCUAUACGUUGCCUUCGGAAAGCAAUAAACUCUAUAUGUUUUGUGUCUUUCAAGAUGGCAUUUUGUCGGUGCUUCAACAAACGAAUUUUCAACUGGAAGAUAGCAGUUUCGUUCAUGUGUUUAGUUACAAUUUACUUCUAUUUGUAUCAAAAUGUCAACUCCGUGUUCGGUCACCCUCACCUGUUCCGGUCUCUUAUUCAUGUUAUGAAUAAAAACUCGCCGUUUGAUCGACAUGUCUUAUCUAAUGUCCUUAAAUCAAACGGCGACAACAACACUUUAUUGCGAUACCUUGUGACACCAUCAUCCAUCUCUAACCAUACUUUGAGUAAUAACGUCACAUCAAUAUCAACCAGGUUAAAAUAUCAAGCGCCUAAUGAAUCUACUAAUGAAGCAAAAGUACGUCCAGGUAUGAUCGAUGACGACAAGUCGAACCUAUCCUCUAGUAAAGAGAAUACAACAGAAGACCCAGUAAAUAAUAUGUUAGAACAAUUAAUUGAUAUAAAAAAUAUAUCUUCAUUUGAAGAAUAUCGUACAUUGUUAAAUUUAAAUAAAACCUUACCUUUGCUAACACUUUUUACAACAAUGAAAGUUAUGAAAGCAAAAUUCAUAGCCUACAAUAAUACUCUGAAAAACUGGAAAAAGCUAAUACCUUUUGUUCCGGCUCCGAUAGUAUUCAGCAGUGAUAAUUACUUGAUUAAACAGUGUGAGUCAGAUGGCUGGAAAGCAUUACCAAUUCGGCGAAUAGCCGCUGGUGGUGCUCCAGUUCUGAAAGAUAUGUAUAAAGAGGCUAUGUCUAAGUUUUCAACGUUAUUUUAUGCUUAUUCAAAUGCAGAUAUUUUAUUCGAUGAUAGUCUUUUACAAGCACUUUGGUUUACGGCUAAAACUCAAGAUCUCAGUAAACCUUUAUUAAUUAUGGGAAUUCGGACUAACGUAUUAAAUGUCAUGCCUCACGAAGUAAUUACCUGGAGUGCAAUGAAGAGCACUGCUAAAAGGCGCGGAAAACAUUUUCUUCGAAAUGCUGAAGACUAUUUCAUUACGUCAUACAGUUAUCCUUGGAAUACUAUACCGGACGUAGUCAUUGGUCGAAGAGCAUACGAUAACUGGUUAGUAUUAAAUGCUCGCAAACAGAAACACAAUUUGAUAGAUGCAUCGGACACCGUCCUAGCUCUUCAUCAAACCACAAAGGCCGGAAACUUCGAGGGUCACCGCCACAGGGAUGGCAAUUACAAUUUACGGUUGUUGAGUCGCCGCUUUGGGAAGAUCCAUUAUGGAGCUGGUUCAACCAUAUGCGCUUCACUAAAGACUAGUCGCCAAGCAGACGGCAACAUUACUCUCACAAGACGGACGAAACUGAUGAAUCUGUGCUUUCCUAUUUGAAAGGCAUGGGUUGGGUCUAUUUUCCUUAUUUGAGAUUUAAUGGGCAUAAAAUGAGAAAUGGUAAUUUCUUAAGACACAUUUAAAAUAGUGAAAAUAACAAAUGAAACACUUUGAAACCAUUCCUCUUCAUGUUAUAAGUGGGUAUUGGGAGCAUUUGUCCGUUCAUCAUUAUGAAACAAAGUGGUGGAAAGUGUUCAUUAUGGCAUAUCAUUUAAGAAUCAUCAUUGGUGCAUCAGUUUAUUUUUAUUAUUCAUUUUGUAAUGAUUUAUUGUAACUUUUAUGUUGGGUAAAUUUGUUGGGAGGUCAUGACCUUUCUCGUGUAUAUAUGAGUGGGAAGAAAAGUAAUUAAACUAAAACGAGAAAGAAUUUUUUUUCUUUUGAUUUGUCUCAGACAAAAGUGUAAAUAAUAAAAAUGUGAGAGUAAAA